AAACGACUUCCACGAUCCCAUCCUCCCACACUCUCUCUCCCACUUCUAAGGGAUAUGGCGUCUGCCGCCUUAUCUCUCUCCGCUCUCUGCCCUCUCUCCGCCGGUGCACGCCCGAAACCCCAAAACCCUAGAAAAUCCACCGUCCCCAAUAACUCAAAAUCGAGCCCCAAUCUCAAAUCCCGGCCCGGCUCCGGCCGCUCCUCCCUCCCGCCGGUCUAUCGCUCCGGCGGCGGCGAGGCCACGACCUACACCCGCCUCCCUCCCAAGGACGACUUCUCCCUCGAUCCCUCGCUCGUUCUCUCCCCUGGAACUUCCGGCGAGAUCAAGCUCUAUGAGUCCUCCGUUCCGGCGUUAGAAUCGGCAAAUAAGAAGCCUUUAAUAGAUCACAGCGACGGAGGCAUAAAAAGGAACAAGAAAGGUUGGAGCUAUAUUGAAGAUAUUGAUGAAGAAGAUGAAGAAUUCUCGGAUUUUGAUUCGGAGGACGAUGAGAUCGUUCUGGACUCGGGGUUUGAUGGUAGCGAAGAGGGAAAGGCCUCAUCUUUAGAGUUUGAGGCUGAGUCGGAUGGGGAAUUGGAGGGUUAUUUUGAUGGAGACGAGGAAGUUAAGGAAGGGGAGAUGAAGGAGAAGGGGGUUCCGGCUGUAAUGAGGUGCUUUGAUAGGGCGAAGAUAUAUGUGAAGGCUGGGAAUGGAGGGAAUGGGGUUGUGGCGUUCCGGCGAGAGAAAUAUGUUCCCUACGGCGGUCCAUCCGGUGGAGAUGGAGGGAGGGGAGGAGAUGUCUAUGUGGUGGUUGAUGGGGCGAUGAAUUCUUUGCUCCCGUUUCGGAAAACUGUGCACUUUAGGGCAGGGAGAGGUGGGCAUGGGCAGGGGAGGAAGCAGGCCGGAGCCAAGGGGGAGGAUGUGGUGGUGAUGGUGGCUCCUGGGACUGUGAUAAGAAAGGCGAUGAAAGGAGGGGUGGAGGGGGAACUGUUGCUGGAGUUGGUGCACCCUGGGCAGAGGGCACUGCUCUUGCCUGGUGGGCGAGGCGGGAGAGGAAAUGCCUCCUUCAAGUCGGGGACUAACAAGGUUCCAAAGAUCGCGGAGAAUGGAGAAGAGGGUGCUGAAAUGUGGUUGGAUUUGGAGCUAAAGCUGGUUGCUGAUGUUGGAAUUGUGGGUGCUCCAAAUGCUGGGAAAAGCACUCUUUUGAGUGCUAUAAGCGCUGCUCAGCCAACAAUAGCAAAUUAUCCUUUUACAACUUUACUUCCAAAUCUGGGAGUUGUUUCAUUGGAUUAUGAUGCCACCAUGGUUGUUGCAGAUCUGCCAGGUUUGCUUGAAGGUGCACAUCGGGGCUUUGGUUUAGGUCACGAGUUUUUAAGACAUACCGAACGAUGUUCCGUCUUGGUGCAUGUUGUUGAUGGUUCUGGGCAGCAGCCAGAGUAUGAAUUUGAUGCAGUUCGGUUGGAACUGGAACUAUUUAGCCCAGAGCUGGCAGAAAAGCCUUACAUUGUUGUAUACAAUAAAAUGGAUCUUCCAGAAGCAUAUGAGAGAUGGAAUUUGUUCGAGGAACAUCUACAAGCUUGUGGCAUUCAUCCUUUCUGCAUCAGUGCUAUGAACAGACAGGGGACACAUGAUGUUGUUCAUGCUGCGUAUGAACUUUUACAGAAAGAAAGGGAGGCAAGGAAGAAACCUGAAGAGUGGAUGAAUGCGGUAAAUCUGAAUCAUGUUGCGGACACGAUACAAAAGCAACGACGCUCUUCAAUGAAUGAUUUUGAAAUCUUUCAUGAUAGCAGUUCCAAUGCAUGGCAUGUAGUUGGAGCUGGAAUACAACGUUUUGUUCAAAUGACAAAUUGGCAGUAUACAGAAUCUUUGAGAAGGUUCCAACAUGCUUUGGAGGCAUGUGGUGUGAACAAAUCUUUAAUUAAGCAUGGAGUUAAAGAGGGUGACACAGUGAUUGUGGGGGAGAUGGAGAUGGUGUGGCAUGAUGAAAAUGAAAAUAUUGGCUCAUCAAGCACAAGAAAACAGACAACUGGGUCUAUCAAAUGGCCGGACCUAGGUUAGAAGAAGGGUGUUCAAGAAAAUUCAAACCGCUUGCCUGGAUCAAUGGGCUUCAGAUGUAGGGAGCUGGUGAAUCGAACCAAGACAGGUAUAUCAGUUGUGGAUGGCUGCUUUCAGAUCUUGAGUAAACCUGCAAGACAGCAUGUUAUCAAUUGAAACUGCACUCAAACUCCAGGUAAAUCAGAUGCUUUCUCUUAGUCUUAAUCCACAGCACCUAGAGAUGUCUAAACUGUUGAACGGCUCACUUGUUUUGUAUUUAAAGUUAUAUUUGAGGCAGGCUCAGUAGUGUGACAUUUGCUUGCUAAAGUUGAUGGCUUCAAGAUUGGCUAUUUAGUCUGAGGGGUUGAAUUACGAGUGGACAGUAACAGAUAAAUGUGUCUUGAUGCAUCUUGAAUUGGCUGUUUGAUCAUCAUGCCAAGCUUUACCCUUCAUCGCUAGUUUGCUGGCUCUAUUUUUUUUAUAUAUACUGAGAAGACAACUUGGUUCUUUUGCUCCGUGUUUCCUUUGGAGGUAAUCUAAUUAUCCUCAACUUAUAUGUGUAAUUGUGUAAAUAAUUUUCUUUCGCUUGUUUAGCUUUUAGUAUUGAUCCUUUGUAUUUUUUGUACUUCUCUUUUAAUUAAUUGGGUGGGCUUUGCCCUCACCUCUCAUCAAAGAGAAAAA